AUGACUGCAUCCGGUCGCACAAACCCCUACAGCAUCGUAUCUUCAGAGGAGGACGGGCUGCACCUGGUGACCAUGUCGGGCGCCAACGGCUUCGGCAAUGGCAAGGUGCACACGCGGCGCCGGUGCCGGAAUCGCUUCGUCAAGAAGAACGGCCAGUGCAACAUCGAGUUCGCCAACAUGGAUGAGAAGUCGCAGCGCUACCUGGCGGACAUGUUCACCACGUGCGUGGACAUCCGCUGGCGCUACAUGCUGCUCAUCUUCUCGCUGGCCUUCCUCGCCUCCUGGUUGCUGUUCGGGGUCAUCUUCUGGGUCAUUGCGGUGGCCCACGGGGACCUGGAGCCCGCGGAGGCGCACGGGCGCACGCCGUGCGUGCUGCAGGUGCACGGCUUCAUGGCGGCCUUCCUCUUCUCCAUCGAGACGCAGACCACCAUCGGCUACGGGCUGCGCUGCGUGACUGAGGAGUGCCCGGUGGCCGUGUUCAUGGUGGUGGCGCAGUCCAUCGUGGGCUGCAUCAUCGACUCCUUCAUGAUUGGCGCCAUCAUGGCCAAGAUGGCGCGGCCCAAGAAGCGCGCACAGACGCUGCUCUUCAGCCACAAUGCGGUGGUGGCGCUGCGUGACGGCAAGCUCUGCCUCAUGUGGCGCGUGGGCAACCUACGCAAGAGCCACAUCGUGGAGGCCCACGUGCGGGCCCAGCUCAUCAAGCCCCGGGUCACGGAGGAGGGCGAGUACAUCCCGCUGGACCAGAUCGACAUUGAUGUCGGCUUUGACAAGGGCCUGGACCGCAUCUUCCUGGUGUCUCCCAUCACCAUCCUGCACGAGAUUGACGAGGCCAGCCCUCUGUUCGGCAUCAGCCGGCAGGACCUGGAAACGGAUGACUUCGAGAUCGUGGUCAUCCUGGAGGGCAUGGUGGAGGCCACGGCCAUGACCACGCAGGCCCGCAGCUCCUACCUGGCCAACGAGAUCCUGUGGGGCCACCGCUUUGAGCCUGUCCUCUUUGAGGAGAAGAACCAGUACAAGAUCGACUACUCGCAUUUCCACAAGACAUACGAGGUGCCAUCCACGCCCCGCUGCAGUGCCAAGGACCUGGUGGAGAACAAGUUCCUGCUGCCAAGCACCAACUCCUUCUGUUACGAGAAUGAGCUGGCCUUCCUGAGCCGUGACGAGGAGGACGAGGUGGACGGAGAGCAAGACAGCCUUGGCCCCCAGGCCAGGCGCGACUUUGACAGGCCGCAGGCCGGCACAGCCCUUGACCAGCGGCCUUACAGACGGGAGUCUGAGAUCUGA